AUGGAACUGUGUGUGUGUGAGCAUAACCACCAUGCCUUCUCUCUCUCUUCCCCUCCUACAGACAGUGUAGUGGAGGAUGGAGAGUUAUCUACAGUGUGUUAUAGACCAGAGGGGUUGGACCAGCUACUACAACAGACUAAGUUCACCAGGAGAGAACUACAGAUCCUCUACAGGGGCUUCAAGAAUGAAUGCCCUAGUGGUGUGGUGGAUGAAGAGACAUUCAAGUUAAUCUACUCCCAGUUCUUUCCUCAGGGAGACUCCAGCACCUAUGCUCAUUUUCUGUUUGAAGCGUUUGACACCCACAAGAAUGGAACGGUGAGCUUCGAAGACUUCGUCACAGGCCUGUCAAUCAUCCUGAGAGGCUCUGUCACAGAGAAACUCAACUGGGCUUUUAACCUCUACGACCUCAACAAAGAUGGCUUCAUCACCAAAGAGGAGAUGACUGAUAUAAUGAGCUCUAUCUAUGACAUGAUGGGGACAUGUACGUACCCCUGUAUGCAGAACGACGCCCCCAAGGAGCAUGUCGACAACUUCUUCCAGAAAAUGGACAAGAACAAAGAUGGCGUGGUCACCAUUGAGGAGUUUCUGGAGUCUUGUCAAAAGGAUGAGAACAUCAUGCAGUCCAUGCAUCUGUUUGACAACGUCAUUUAGUGAUACUUCCUGUGGGUGUGGCCGAAAGGACAGGGUGCCCAUAUUUAGCCUCACAGCCUCC